GCGUCUGCGUCUGCUGCCGCCGCCGCUGCUGCUGCUUCGGACUGGAUGGCCAGUUUGGCCUUGGCCUUGUGUGUGCGCUUGGCGGCCAAUGACUGCAUGGCUUGCUUGGGCGGCUGAGCUGACGGCUCGACCGUGCGGAGUUGGGCUCGUUUGGUAUCGAGUUUUUUCGACACAAAAGUGACGUAUGCGGCGGAUUUCUCCAGCAGCGAGUUGAGUCGUUGCAGCCGAUGGGCGUCUUCGCCGAUGGUCUCGUAUUGCGCCAUGGCCUUUUCGCGAAGCUCGCGCAGGUUCUCCUUUUUUUCGGGGUUGGCUUCAGCUUCGGCGUCAGUGACGGUGAUGUCGCUGGUAGUAUCUGCGAUGUCGGCGGUACCGGUAACGGCGGCAACGGCGGCGACAGGGGCAUUGGAGGCAGCGAGAGCGGUGUCGGUAAUAUCAGGCAUGGUUGUAGAGUAAAGCGACCAACAAUGAAAGAAUAAUAUUAAUAUUAAUAAUGAUAAUGACAAUAAUAAAAAAAGCUUGCGAAACUCAAAAAGAGAAAUAAAAAAUAGUAAAUGAAAAAAGCCAUUUAUUUUUUAUUUUAC